AUGGACCGGGAGCCUGGAAACUCCCUUUUUUCGUGUGCAGAUGAAAUACAGGGUGCGCUGGAAAAGCAUAUCAUCAUGAGUGGCGGGGCCACUCUGCUGGAGUCCAUCCGCCAGGCUGGGGGCAUCGGCAAGGCCAAGCUCCGCAGUGUCAAGGAGUGCAAGCUGGAGAAGAAGAAACAGAAGGAGCAGGAGCAAGUUAGAGCCACAAGCCAAGGUGGGGACCUGAUGUCGGAUCUCUUUAACAAGCUGGUCAUGCGGCAUAAAGGUAUCUCUGGGAAAGGACCCGCGACAGGGGCCAGUGAGGGGCCAGGAGGAGCCUUUGCCCGAAUGUCAGACUCCAUCCCACCUCUGCCUCCCCCACAGCAGCCACCUGGAGAAGAGGAUGAGGACGACUGGGAAUCCUAGAGGCUCACUCCUUCCCCACCAAGACCCAGAUUUAGGUCUCACCCUCACAUGGACACAACCAGGAUGAGAUAACUGGCCUGUGGGUCCCUCGACCCCUGCUUCCCAUGGAGGAACAGGGACCAUGGAGGACUGUCCCAGACCUGCACCUGGACCUUCUUCAAGGAGUGAGGUAGCCAGCUUCUGAGGCCAAGUGGCUGGGAGCGGGGAGCCCUUGUGCUCUCCUCCAGCCACAGACUGAAGUGAGUACGUGCAUCAAUAAAGCAGUGUCACACGGGAACCGAAAAAA